AUGUUGUUAGACAAAGGAGCAGACUUUGAUAAAUGUGACUGGUAUGGUCAGUCACCUGUGAUAAUGGCUUGUAAACAAGGUCAUAUAGAAAUAGUAAAGAUGUUGUUAGACAGAGGCGCAGACUGUUAUAAAUGUGAUUGUUCUGGUCAAUCACCUGUACUGACAGCUUGUAGACAUGGUCAUACAAAAAUAUUACUUAUGUUGCUAGACAAUGGAGUAGACUAUAAUAAUUGUGAUGAUGAUGGUCAAUCACCUGUUCAGACGGCUUGUAGACAAGGUCAUACAGAAAUCGUAAAUAUGCUGUUAGACAGAGGAGCAGACUGUAAUAAGUGUGAUGAUUAUGGUCAAUCUGCUGUACUGACGGCUUGUAGACGAGGUAACACAGAAAUAGUUAAGUUGCUAUUAGACAGAGGAGCAGACUUUAAUAAAUGUGACAAUAAUGAUCAGUCGCCUGUUAUGAGGGCUUGUGAACAAGGCCACACAGAAAUAGUUCAGAUGUUGUUAGAUAAAGAAGUAAACUAUGAUAAAUGUAACCGGUUUGGUAAUUCACUUGUAAUGAAGGCUUGUGAACAGGGUCAUUCAGAAAUAGUAAAGAUGUUGGUAGACAGAGGAGUAGACUUUAAGACAUGUAAUGAACGUGGUCAGUCAACUGUUAUGAAGGCUUGUGAACAAGGUCAUACAGAAAUAGUAAAGAUGCUCUUAGACAAAGGAGUAGACUAUAAUAAAUGUAACAAAUUAGGUGAGUCACUUGUAAUGCUGGCCUUGAAACAUGAUCAUACAGAAGUAGUAAAGAUGUUGGUAAACAAAGGAGCAGACUGUAAUAAAUGUGACCAAUGGGGUGAGUCACCUGUAAUGAUGGCUUUAAAAAAUGGUCAUACAGAAACAGCGAAGAUGUUGGUAGACAAAGGGGCAGAUUGUAAUUAA